AUGGAAAGAAUGACACCAAAAUACACUGAGAAAAGCCUCUGGAAAGAGAAAAGAAAAUCUGGGCUGGAGGUCCGUGACCGCAUGUGGCUCAAGAUUACCAUCCCCAACGCUUUCAUCGGCUCAGAUGUGGUGGACUGGCUGUACCACAACGUGGAAGGCUUCACUGACCAGCGAGAGGCCCGCAAAUAUGCCAACAACCUGCUGAAAGCCGGCUUCAUCCACCACACUGUCAACAAGAUCACCUUCUCUGAGCAGUGCUACUACAUCUUCGGUGACCUCUGUGGCAACAUGGCCAACCUGUCCCUCCAUGAUCACGAUGGCUCCAGCGGCGCCUCUGACCAGGACACGCUGGCCCCUUUGCCACACCCAGGGGCAGCCCCUUGGCCCAUGGCUUUCCCUUACCAGUACCCGCCACCCCCGCACCCCUACAACCCUCACCCAGGCUUCCCAGAGCUGGGGUACAGCUAUGGUGGGGGCAGCGCCAGCAGUCAGCACAGUGAAGGCAGCCGGAGCAGUGGCUCCAACCGUAGCGGCAGUGACCGACGAAAGGAGAAGGACCCGAAGGCGGGGGACUCAAAGUCUGGCGGCAGCGGCAGCGAGUCGGACCACACAACCCGCAGCAGCCUGCGGGGGCCGCGGGAGCUGGCGCCCAGCGAGCGCUCAGGUCCUGCCGCCAGCGAGCAUAGCCGCCGCAGCCACCACUCAAUGGCCAGCAGCCUGCGCAGUCACCACACGCAUCCGAGCUACGGCCCCCCUGGCGUGCCCCCUCUCUACGGUACCCCCAUGCUGAUGAUGCCCCCUCCGCCCGCGGCCAUGGGGCCCCCAGGAGCCCCUCCGGGUCGCGACCUGGCCUCCGUGCCCCCCGAACUGACAGCCAGCAGACAGUCCUUCCGCAUGGCCAUGGGAAACCCCAGUGAGUUCUUUGUGGAUGUGAUGUGAACAGGACCCCUCCCCCACGUCCAUCCCACUCCCACCCCUGGGCGGUUGCGUCCCUCUCUCCAUCCGUCCGUCUUUUUUACUUUGUCUGGUACCUGAAAGGGAAAUAAAUUGAACUAAAUUCA